CUCCAGCCGACCACCACCAAUCGACCCCCAACGCGGCCUCCAACAUGAACACCACGAACAACACGACGACGACGUCGACGUCGACAAAUAACCCCGCCACUACCACCACCGCCAACCCCAACACAACAGCAACCACAGCACCCGCCCCCUCGACGACCCCAGCACCCCCCAACCAACCGACCCAAAUCCCCUCCACCUCCCUCAAAGACAGCGGCAAGUCGCGCCGCCCGCGCGAUGUCCGCCUCAUCCACAUGCUCCUGGCCAGCCUGGGCGUGACGGCCUACCAGGAGCGCGUGCCGCUCCAACUCCUCGACUUCGCCUACCGGUACACCUCGAGCGUGCUGCAGGACGCGGUCCACCUGGCGACGGAGGGCUACGCGGGCGCGACGACGGACACGGGGGCGGCGGCGCGCGGCCCGCCCGAGGUCAACAGCGUCAGCCUGCCGGCGCUGCGGCUGAGCAUCGCCUCCCGGCUGCACUACCAGUUCCAGUCCGGCCUGCCCAAGGAAUUCCUCAUGGAUGUGGCGGCGGAGCGCAACCGCGUGGCGCUGCCGGGCGCGAGCCGCGGGUUCGAUCAGCAGGGCAACUCGAAGGUUGUGGCGGGCAGCCAGGGCAGUGUGCUGAUGGGUGGGCUGCGGUUGCCGCCAGAGCGGUUCUGCUUGACGGGUAACGGGUGGAAUUUGCGGGAGGAGUGGGAGAGUGAAGGGGAGGAGGAGGUGGAGAUGGAGCAGCCGGGGGAUUUUGGGGGCGAUGGGACGUCGGGCGGUGCGAGGGAAAAUGGGGUUACUGGGGUGAAGAAAGAGGAGGAUGGCGAGGAUGAGGAUGAGGAUGGCAAGAUGGAGGAUGUGUUUGGGGAGGAUACGGCCAUGGGGGAGGAUGAUGACGGGGAUAAGGAUAUGACGGAUGUUUAGUUUGGGGGUUGGGUGGAUAUGGAUGGUGUUUUGGCGCUCGGCGUGAGACUAGGUUUAUCGAAUUUCGACGAGGAGAGAGGUCAGGCUCUAUACCAUAUCUAUAAUCAUCACGACUUCAGCUUCUGCUCCCCAGCCACUUUUGAAUCCUCGAACCCUCAGCCACUCUCUGGUCCAUACUAUACAUGUACAGAUAUGCUUUCUAAAAGGUA